UCUCUUUGCAUUUAUUACUAACUUCAAGCCCUGUCUCUUGCUCACGGACUGUAGCGCUUAAAGGCUGAGCUGAAUGAUAUGCAUCCAAAGGUGGACUCUGUGCGUGACCAGGCAGUAGACUUGAUGACAAACCAUGGAGAUCACUGCAGGGAAGUAAUAGAGCCUAAACUGUCAGAGCUCAACCAACGAUUUGCAGCUUUAUCACAAAGAAUUAAGAGUGGAAAGCCCUCCACUCCUUUGAAGGAAUUGGAGCAAUUUGACUUCGAUAUACAAAAAUUGCUUGAACCACUGGAGGCUGAAAUUCAGCAAGGGGUGAAUCUGAAAGAGGAAGACUUCAGUAAAGAUAUGAGUGAAGACGAUGAGAGCACAGUAAAAGAAUUGCUGCGAAGGGGAGAUACUCUUCAAAAGAAAAUCACAGAUGAGAGAAAACGGGAGGAAAUAAAGAUAAAACAACAGCUGUUGCAGACUAGACAUAAUGCUCUCAAGGACUUGAGAUCUCAAAGAAGAAAAAAGGCUUUAGAGAUUUCUCAUCAGUGGUAUCAGUACAAGAGACAGGCUGAUGACCUAAUGACAUGGCUGGAUGACAUUGAGAAAAAGUUAGCCAAUCUACCAGACCCCAAAGAUGAGCAGAAGCUAAAGAUGAACAAAUGACUUACCGAUAUAUGGAUGACCACUUUCUCAUGCUAGCACAUUCAUUUUCAUCAGAACAUACUCAUAUGUCACUGUCAAACUCUCUAGAUUUAUUUACAUACUGUCUAAGGUUUUCCUACUUUAUUUUGCAUCGUCUUUCUUUGCUUCAUUCUCUGUUGA